AUGGGGGAAGUUAAAACCUGCUCCAUACGCAUUUGCCAAGACGGGCAUGCAAAUGCUUUAGCACUCAACCGAGAGUGUACCCAAAUUGCCGUAGCAGGGAGAAGUUUGCUCAAGGUUUUUUCGAUUGAAAAUGAUGGAUUUACGGAGGUAUGUAAUAUGCGAGGUGGAAAGAACCAAAACCUCAGUUACUCAUCGAACGACGUGGCUUGGAGCUCGCUUGAUUCGAAUAUUCUUGCCACUGCAGCAACCAAUGGUGUGGUGUCCGUGUGGGACCUUUCCAAAUUUGGUCGUCAAAAGCAACUGCUAGUGUACAAUGAGCACGAGCGCACUGCACACUCCGUGGCUUUCCACGGUACGGAAUCUAAUCUCUUGAUAUCUGGCUCACAGGAUGGUACCAUCAAAUGUUUCGACCUAAGGACAGAUAAGGCUGCCAUAAAUACUUACUUUAGCAAUUCAGAGAGUGUACGAGACGUAAAGUUUAGCCCACAUGCGCCAAACACUUUUGCCGCAGUAUCUGAAAACGGAACUGUGCAACUGUGGGAUAUUCGUCGCAACGAUCGAUGCACAGCACAAUUCACGGCCCACAGUGGUCCGAUAUAUACGUGCGACUGGCAUCCGAAUCAGCCUUGGUUGGCUACAGGCAGCCGGGACAAGCAGAUCAAAGUAUGGAAUACAAAUCCAAAGUACUCCUCCUCACAUGAAGCGGCUAAAAACGUUUCGCUUGAGUAUACUAUACAUACAAUUGCGGUCGUCGGCAGAGUGCGUUGGCGUCCAGACAAGAUGUUUCACAUAGCAAGCUGUGCGCUGGUGGUAGACAACAGCAUCUACAUUUGGGAUUUGCGACGGCCAUACAUACCUUACGCUUCGUUUAACGAACAUUCGAAUGUUACCACUGGUAUAGCGUUCAAAGGAAACGACCGACACGUACUGCUGUCGACGAGCAAGGACUCGACUAUAUUCAAGCACGUGUUUAAGGAUGCCACUCGGCCAGCGGUAAAAGCCAAUCCACAAGGAGCCACCUUUAACUAUAAGGGGGAUUUAUUGUACGCGUACGAAAUUAAACUCAUUCCUCCGCCGCCUUCUUCGAGUUUGCUCAGUCAUGGAACGGCUCUGUUGGGUUCUCGUCAAAAAACGCCUUUAUCGGCGGACCAGUUUCAUCUAGCAAAAUCAAAUCUUUCCAACUUCUCAACUAAAACUAUCAGCGUGAACACAAAAGAUGUGACCAAAACGUCACUUUUAAAAGACUACCUUGCAUUUAAAGGAUGCGCGAAAGAGUACAUGCUAACUGGGGCUUCUUUGGCAGAAAUUUGCAGCCAUAAUGCGUCGGUGGCGAAAAAGUAUGGCAAAUCGAACGUAAGUUUCCUAUGGAACUUCAUAAGUCAAUUAUAUGCGUAUAGCUCGAUUGCUAGCAUGAAGCUCGAGCAGCGCAACUCUAACACGAGCCAACACCCCAGUACUCGUCUAAUGGCCCAGAACUCGAACCAAUCGAGUACGGGACGGAGUGACGAUCGAGCGUUGGGAAGUACGGGAAGCAACCCUAGUCUUUUCACAGCCAAUGCCGUUAACACGAACUGCACAGAUGAUUAUCUCGAGUUUCCAAGCAACAAAAGCAACCCUGGAAAUGAAACGUAUGGUUUGGGGCAGCUGCUGUCGGUAGACAUUGAACCAGACAAAUGCGAGUUCGUGUUUGGUGAGACGGAAUUAACGUUCGAUUCCGUGGACUGUAUAAAGGGGUUUCGCGACGGAUUUCUAUACACAGGACCGCACGAUUUGGUCAAGGAUUACACUUUUCCUUCAUCAAAUCUAAUGAAUGCCCACGAACUGCAUCACACCCAACCACGCAAGCAUCUGAUGGCUGACAAAUCUCAGGAAACGUCACCCCCGCCAAAUGCGACUCCAAAUUUUCUCAAAAUUUCCGACCAAAACCCUAGUCCCCCGAUCUGGGAACCUCAUCAGGUGUUGGCUGAUUGUUUAACAUUACAGACGGAAAUUGGAGAUGUGCAAACGUCGUCUUGUAUCUUGAUAGCGCUCGGAGAGCGGAGGCAUAGUUUGCAAAUCGAUGAAAGCUUUCAAGAGAACUGGCUGUUGUCGUACAUCGAGUUGCUCCACCGCCAUCAGCUGUGGAACGAAGCGACACAGGUAAUCAAUAUAAGCUGGAUUCGAUCGGUGUCGGAAAUGAAUCAACAAUCGACAACGAUGUACACAAACUGUGGUCAAUGCUCGAAACAGCUGCUGAAUGCGGUUGGCUGGUACUGCUCUAGAUGUAAGUCAGUCCAAAGUUCGAAAUGCAGUGUUUGUAAUGGAGUAGUCCGAGGGCUGUACGCUUGGUGCCAGGGAUGUUCGCAUGGAGGCCACGUGGAGCAUUUGAGACACUGGUUUGCCAAUAACUCUAAGUGUCCAAAGUGUGGUCACCUGUGUGAGUACGAAUGAAGAAACCAACCUUCCUACCAUUAUGUAACAUGCAACAAUAAAGAAUUUUCUGAAAAUCCAAUAAAAAAACACUCAGAGAUGUUUGUUACUUUUUGUAU